UCAUGUUUUGGGGUUUCCAUCCCUUAUGUUAUUCAUGUUCUGGGGUUUCAGCACACGCCCCAGAACCUCUAUAAAUAGGGUUGAUUGCCACACACCUGUUUUGCCACUUCCACCUGAGUUGCCACAGGAUGCAGGUUAUGUUGGGUAGGGUCAGCAAGCAGCACAUUGCAGUUCAUGUGCCUGUUGCUACUCACCACUUGUGUGAGAGGAGUUUUGCGCCCUUGGUAGGCAAAGCGAGUUUCACGGUGCUCAUGAGGAAAUAAAAUUUGUACCAGUUGAGCUCUACGCCUCCUUAUUGAUACCAAGGGUCGCUACAGUGAAACUCGGCGCUGCAUGGGAGCCAUCUUCUACAGAGUGCCAUCAUCCAUCUGCGGCUUCAGCAUGCUACAACUACAGUGAGAGACUUUUGGUAGCUGAGGGUAAAGUCACUCGGAGAUACUGAACUGUUUUUGAGUAAAGGUUGAGCAUUUGACGCUAUCUGCUCAUUUCUAUUGUAUGAGACAAUGGACAUUUAACAAAUUUAAAUGGCAUAACCUGAAUAAUUUACUAAUGCUCUGAAGGUGUGGUGAUUCCCUGCAUUUGUUUGAAUUGAAAUUGUUGGUUUAAAAAAAAAAAAAAAAAAAAAAAAAAAAUUAAAGGUGCACUUAAUGGUCAAUAUAAGCCUUUUUAAUCUUGAAAUCAAUGGUAUUUUAAAGAGGAACCUUUUGACGAUGGAUUUCAUGCAAGUUUUUAUUUUAUCGUGGUGCCAUUUAUGAACCUUGAUGUGUCUAAGGUGUAAAUGUCUGAUCAGAGUUGUGAUUUAAAGCAUUCAAACCACGAAUCAGAGUUCUGACAAACACUUCAAAGUCAAAAAAAAUUUAAAAAAUGUUAGCACCUCCUGAAGAAAUACAGAAUCCCCCUGAAACUCAACAGUUAAGGUCCAGCUCUCGUGAGCGAAAAUUAACAGAAAAAGGCCAGGAGUUGCAAAUCCAAGAACUAAAGAAAAAGGAGAAAGCUUUUAGUAAGGCAUAUGAGGCUUGGAGACUUGCAGCUAAGGAAAUAAGAGCCAAACUAAAGAUUUUCUGCUCACCAGAGGAUCUUGAGGAAAUUCAAAGAGACAUUAAAUCUAAACAUGACAAAGUGUGCCAGCAUUAUGAGUCAAUUAGAUGCAAUCUUACAAGCACUCCAGAUGUGGUCAAGAAAAUGGAUGCAUGCAGCACUUUGUCAUCUGAGAUUUGUGAUCUUGUUAAUAAACGAAUGGAGAGUGUUGAAAUGACUUUCAAUGACUGCCUUGAAAAGGAGAGAGUAAGGAUGCAGCUAAAUAAAAGGGAAUAUGGAUCUGUCUUUGGGAAAACCAAUACAGAAACGGUGGUUUCACUGUCUCUUAAAGGAUCUGAUGAUCGAGUCAGUGCCAUCUCCAGGUCCUCCAGUAAACGAGCAGAUGCAGAGGCUGAACUUGCAGCCAAAGUGGAACAAUCAAAAGUUAUUCAAACUCUGCAUGCUCAACAAGCUAAGCUGGAGAAACUGGAGACUGAAUGGAAACUAAAGCAAACAGAAAUGCUGGCAGAAAUUAACAAAAAGGAGGCUGAAAUGAAAUUAAAGCUGGAUGAGGAAAAAUCAAAGUUACAACAGCUGCAAGCUGACAGCGAAGUCAAGGUUGCGAAGGCACGUGUGAGGGCAUACAACAAUUUUGAUGUAUCUGGAGACUGUGAUGAAGCGACUGACAAAGUUGCUCUUGACAGCCUUAACACUGAUUACAAACCUUUCCCAAGUCUGCUAGCUACACCUUUCGUGCCUCAGCAUGCAACACUUCCAAAACCAACUGAGGAAGAUGCCAGUGUUGUUCAAGAAGCCAUUUUGACUCAAGCUAUGACAAAUGCCUUCAGUUUAAGCCGUUUGCCUGUUCCAGAGCCAUCAAUUUUCACAGGUGACCCCUUAAAGUUCAUAGACUGGAGGGUAUCAUUUAAGGCCCUUAUUGAUCAGAAGCCCCUCCCAGUAAGUGAGAAAAUGCUCUACUUGAAGAGUUAUCUAGCAGGAGAGGCACGUAAGGCUGUGGAAGGCUUCUUUUAUCGCAACUCAGAGGAUGCAUACCAAGUAUCGUUCCUGUUCUUCUGUCCUUAA